ACUUUGUCUUUGAGUUUUUUCGUAUUCUGUUUUGCUUUCCAAAUAAUUUAUUUUCUAGACAUUUUUUUUUUAAAAAGAAACAAAUUGAUCAAUAAUUAAAAGUCUUUGCCAAUUAAAGAAACACCACAACAUAUGAGGACCCAAUAACAAUUUAUUCAAACCAUGAGCCAUGUGAUGCGCGCGUUUUUCGGCAUGUGGAAUCAAGUAACCACCGUCGACUAAAAACCUCGAGACUAAUAAAAACUCAAAAUCCAUUCUCUCUGCUCUUGAUUCACUUCAAAGUUCUUGUGUUCUUGUGCUUGAGCUGAGCCAGAUUCGUUCCGUGUUUUUCGUUAUUCGUUUUUAUUCUUAUAAGACGAGCUAAAAUCUUUUCUUUUAAGACGAGCUAAAAUCUGUAAAGACAGAAGAAGAAAAAGUCAAACAAUGCCUUCAAAAACCAAACACAAGAAACCUAGACUUUGCACUUUUCUCUUCUUCACCGUCCCCUUUAGCAUCCUAUCUCUCUUCCUCCUCCACACAUCCUCAUGCUCCUCCUCCACCGCCGCAUUCUCCUCUUCUUACACAUAUCAGCCACCGUGGUCUGGCGACCUCCGAACCGCCCAGUUUCCCUGGAACCGCCUUGCUUUCUCCUUAACCAACCCUCCUCCCAAAACUCUAAAACUCGCGGUCUUCUCCCGUAAAUGGCCCGAUGGACCCAACCCCGGCGGCAUGGAACGCCACGCCUUCACUCUCUACACUGCCUUAGCCCGCCGUGGACACCGUGUCCACGUUUUCACCUCUCCCUUACACCCUUCCCUUGAAACCAACAAAAUCAUAAACCUUAAAAUACAUUCCCACGGAGGUUCAGAGCCAGGCAAAUGGCAAUACAGAAAAGCCUGGGAGCUUUACCAAGAAGAGAACCAGAAACAACCUUUUGACGUGGUCCACUCCGAGAGCGUGGCCUUACCGUACUGGAAGGCCCGGGAGGUUCCAAACCUGGCUGUAACAUGGCACGGCAUUGCGCUAGAGAGCUUACACUCAAGCCUUUACCAAGAUCUUAUUCGCAAACCAGGAGAACCAAGAUUACAAAGCUUUAACGCAAGUCUAUACAGUGCCGUGCUUCCCAAGAUACUCGAUGAAAUCAGAUUCUUUCACAACUACGCUCAUCACGUAGCGAUCAGCGAUAGCUGCGGGGAAAUGCUAAGAGACGUUUACCAGAUCCCUGAGAAAAGGGUUCAUGUGAUCCUCAACGGGGUCGAUGAAAAGGGAUUCGCAUCAGACAAGAAGCUACGUUCUCUGUUUAGGUCGAAACUUGGGCUACAAGAAAGGUCAUCGGCGAUUGUUUUAGGAGUCGCAGGGAGAUUGGUGAAAGACAAAGGACAUCCGUUGCUCUUCGAAGCUUUUUCGAAACUAAUCGAAACGCAUUCUAAUGUUUACCUCGUGGUAGCUGGAACAGGACCUUGGGAGCAACGUUACAAGAAACUUGGCGAUAAAGUUACCGUUUUAGGAUCCCUAAGUGCAAAUGAGCUCAAGGGCUUUUACAAUGGAAUCGAUAUAUUCGUGAAUCCGACGCUUAGACCACAAGGGCUUGAUUUGACGCUGAUGGAAGCGAUGUUGAGUGGUAAACCAGUGAUGGCGUCGAGGUAUCCGAGCAUAAAGGGGAGUGUUUUGGUGAAUGAUGAGUUUGGGUUUAUGUUUGCACCUAACGUGGAGGCUCUGACGGCGGCUAUGGAGGUCGCGGUGGCGGAAGGAACCGAGAGGUUGGCUGAGAGAGGGAGGAAGUGUAAAGAGUAUGCGGCGGAGAUGUUCACAGCGAGUAAGAUGACUUUGGCUUAUGAGCGGCUGUUUCUUUGUAUUAAAGAUCAGAGGUUUUGUAUAUAUCCCUAAAGUUGUAAGUACUGAAAUGGAAAGUGAAUCUUUGUUUAUAUAAAAAUCUAUAACAGUCCACUAUAACUUCUGUCAUAAAAUGUAGAUCCUACAUAUAACGAUAUACACACAAGCCAUUGGGGGAUUGAGACAAGUUUCUAUGAAUCAAUGUUUGAACUUAUCCGAGCUUGUUCAAACCGUUGAUAAGCUUUUCUAGUUCUUAUAAACAGGACAAGACUCGAACCUAGUCCAAGUACCGACAAGCAUCCCCACCACACAAACGUCAUGUGA